AUGGACUAUUUAAACAAGCUGCCGAUAGAACUCUGGAGGAUGGUCAUAGGAUCUAUUCCUAUGGAAGACUCCUCUGAAGGCCUUGCAUCUACUAUCUCACACACAGAGCAAGGCAAGCAUGCCACCCUCAGGAGAGCGGCCAAAUAUCAGGCCUAUAAAGCAUCUCUACUCAUAAUAUGCCAGACUCUGAAACCACUUGUGGAAGAAUGGCUCUACCUCGAGGUCGUCCUAUAUAAGCGGAACCUACAGGAGGGGUGCUACCUGGCAGGCGCCAACAUUCUGCGGCCGGAUGGACGCAGGUGCGGAGACUUGACACAAACUGUUUGGGUAUAUCGCGUCUCGGUCUGGAAAUCCCUGACCUAUGUAGCUUCCGGGGCGUCUUUCCGAGAUGCCUACCCGAAUAUGAAGGCCAUUCAUUCGAUAGGGAUCGGUUUUGACUCAAAUAUACUCUUUAGCAUCACGGACGCAGAUGGGAUUCCUCUACGGUGGGAAGGGAUCACAACUCUGACGCUGGAUCACGUCGGGCUUGAGCUACACCAUCUCGAGUACGCAGCGAGAUUUCUUCCUCAUCUCACUGCACUCUCAGUUCUCUCAGCUCUUGCGCAAAGCCGUGACCAACUUGUCCACUUUCCCUCCCUCAAACGGCUUUCCCUCAGCUGGCAAGUUGCAUCAACAUUCCUACUGGACGGACUCCGCGUACCAAAUCUCAAGUGCCUAAAUAUUGCCAGUGGGAUAGUUGGUCGAUUAGAAUCCAUUGGUGCCUUCAUGAGACGGUACGGUCCAAAGCUUACACAAUUGCAGCUGUCCGAGUCCGCCAUCGUCUACUCUAACCCGACAUUUCCUGAGGGCCUCCUUACCAUUUGUGACAGCUUAGAGGUCCUAAAGGUACCAAUGGACGUAUGUCCAAUACACAGUAGGACAGUGCAACAAUACGCCGCAUACUUUUCUAAAGAGGCAUUCCCGGGUUUGGAAAAGGUUACAAUGGUCGCGGAGGAGCCUGAAAUCCAAACCAUCAUACCCAUCAUACCCUUUGGAAGUGGUUUCUACCAAUUUUUGGGUAUUUCCGAGCCGCUAUACAACCGAUCUUCGGUACAUGAAGUCGCAAUCGCAUCCUUCUCUAACGCUCUCGUCGAGCUGGUUGUUCAGAUGGAUUGA